AUGUCACCUAUACCCACCACCUUCCUGGGCCUCGAUAUCCUGUCCACUCCCACCUUGUCAGCGGAGCCAGGCUCUGAGAUUCCCUGGGGGAAACCUGUGACCUUUGUUUGCCGAGGUCAUCCUGAGGCUAAGGUGUUUCGACUUGAGAAGAAUGCACAGAUCACCCCACUUCCAGAUGUGAAAAACCCUUUCAGGAAUAUGACAGAGGCUAGAUUCCUCAUUAACUCAGUCACUGAAGACACAGCGGGGCGUUAUAACUGCAUCUACCUGUUAGGAUAUGGCUUCUCUAAUCGUAGUAACUCCCUGGAGCUCAUAGUGACAGGCGUACGUCAUUCUGAAGACCUGCUGCAAGACCAGCUUUACUUCCUCAUUGGUGUCUCUGUGGCCUUUCUCCUUGGUUUUCUCCUGCUGGUCCUCUUCUUCCUGUAUCGUCGGCAUCAGGGAAAACAUGGAAUCCCCAGCAGCAAGAGCAAGGAUCAGAAGCCACAGGAGAGGUUCGGUCCAGGUGUUGACAUCCUAAAGAGCACACCAGAUACGGCCACAGUGGAUGGACUUUCUGAAAAUGACAGAGAAGUGGACACCUCAACCCCUGUGGCAGGAGGCCCACAAGAGGUGACCUAUGCCCAGCUGGACCACCAGACCCUCACUCAGGGAGCAUUCCAAGUUGUGUUCCCCCAGACCACAGAGCCCCCAGCUGAUUCCACCACGUAUGCGACCCUCAUCAGGCACUGA